AUGCAUCCGGCUCCCAGCCUGCUCGAGGCACCCCCCAAGACGAGCCCCUCGGACGAGCCCACCCGCGCAACCUCCGUGCCGUACCAACAACAACACUCACCCAGCCCCCAGCAGUCAAGUGAGCAGAUGCCGCAACCACAGGAAGAGGACCAUGCCAUGGUCGACAUGGAUCCUCAACUGCAGCAGCAGCAACACCAGCUCCAGCAAGAGCAGCUCCAACAAGAGCAACAGCUUCAACAGCAGCAGCAGCAGCAACAACAACCGCAACAGCAACCGCAACAGCAGCAGCAGCAGCUCCCUUCAGUCACCUCGCCCAACCACCAGACAUUGAACCCCAAUCCGGCCUCACCGCCGAUGAGGAAGGACACCAAUUCGUCCGUGUCCACCACGGCCACCAUGGCAUCUGCUGGCACCGAAAUGUCAACAGAGACAAACAACACAUCGUACAGUGCCGACACCUCUCCUAACCUUACCUCCAUCUUCCACAUUAAGGAUGGAGCCGACAUGUCUAACCGGGUUCGCGCGAGCAGGAGGCGAACCGGCCCUUUGUCUUUCCAGCAGAGAGAGAAAGCUGCUCUCAUUCGAAAACUCGGCGCCUGUCCCGACUGUCGUCGGAGGCGCGUUGCUUGUCAUCCCAGUCAUCACAAUAUGAGCUGGGAAGACGCAGUCGAAAAGUUCAAGAACUCGCUCCCCGGCAUGCAGGGUAAGAGCCACACCGGCGGCCAGAGGCCAUUGAGCCCUCAAGACCAAAGUCUCAAGUCAAUGUAUGGCGACCAAGAGAUGGACAUUGACUCUCCCUCUGGUCGAUUGGGCGAGUCGCGCAUCCGAACGCCUUUGCCGUCCGGCCCCAGGCUCGACAAGCCGGGAGGUCUGACGGGCAUCGAAGUCAAAACCGACUUGCAGUCAAAUGUUGCUCGUAUCUUGUCCAACCCUCACCGCAGUCGCUAUGCGGGUGCUCAAGUAUUGUUGCUUCAUUGGGCUGGCGACCACGACCCCCAUGUUAGCUCGGCUGUCAAUGAACUGGCCGACGUCUUCGACCAGUACUACCGAUAUACGUUUCAAAUUCAGGCUAUUCCGUCCACUUCAGAGAGCUGCAAGAGCCCUUGGAGGUGGCUAUCGCGGAAGAUAACUGAUUUUUCAGAGGAGCGCGACCAGCGUGAUGUCCUCAAAAUCGUCUACUACAACGGACAUUCGUACCUUGAUGAUAACCGCGAAAUGGUUCUCGCCAGGGAGAAGGCAGAGACACUCCGCUGGAGUGGAAUACAGCAGGUCUUGGAAGAAGCCUGCGGUGACACGCUGAUUCUCAUGGAUGCUGCAUAUUAUCCAUCUUCCAAGAUGGUGCGCCAACAGGGUGUUCUUGAACUAAUCGCUGCGGCCGUCUCAGAGGAGCAUUUCAAUGAGCUUGAGCGGUGCUCUUUCACCAAACUAUUGGUGGAGCAACUCAAGACACGAGCAUCACAUCGUGUACCGAACCCACUUACAGCUGCCGAGUUGCACUCCAAGCUUGUGUCUAGCUAUCCGACGUUCAUUCAGGACAGAAACGGCGACAAGGACUUGGUCACGACAUCACCUUCGCCUCUCCACAUUCAGAUUUCGGGCAAUCCGAGACUCGCAUCGAUCCUUGUUGCGCCUAUGAACAUCAGCCCGCAGCGCAACAGCUUGCCUUUUGCGCCAGAAGGUCAACAACUUGUGCUGUCCGUUCGCGUGGGCGAUGAGCCCAUCGACGUUGACAGCUGGACCGAGUGGUUGCGGCAGAUGCCCGAAGCUGUGAAAGAAAUGAGAAUCGACGGCCCAUAUCGUCCAAUCCGAUGA